AUGGCCACUAUCUCAAAGAUCUCCGAACUUACUCCUCACCGUAAUGAUUGGACAAUAAGGGUUAUGGUUCUGAAAAAGUGGAGCGAAAUGGUUGAUGGAGGUGGUGACAUCUUACGGUUUCUGUUAGUAGAUGAUUAUGGUGGUAAAAUACCUGCAAUUGUAGGUCCAGGGACAAAUCUAUAUGCACAUUUCGACGAUGUUAUGCAUGAGAACAAAUGGAAAAUCAUAACUGGCUUUAAUGUGGAGUUUUCACCACCUGGUUUCCGAUUCGCUGUUAAUGAACAAACCAUCAUCUUGACCGGCGAAACAGACCUGCACAAUGAUCUCAUAGGCUACCUAGAAAACGUUGGUGAGUUAACUGUUGUGACAGAUCAAAGCUUUACGCUCUCUAAUGACAAGAAAACAAACAGAGUUACAUUCACGAUUAAAGAUUUGGAGGAAGAGGUUUUGGAAUGCAAAGCUUAUGGUGCAUUGGCUUUCCAAUUGUACGACAAAUGGUGGAAGCAUGGUACAACCGAGACAUUCAUCACAAUGAGUGACUGGGUUGUUUACAUGGACCGAAGAACAAAUGAGAUCAAGAUUAAGGAUGCUGGAGGUAUCUCUAGGUUUGAGUUCAAUGCUCCUUACCAGGACGUAUAUGAUUUCAGCUCAGCAUAUUUUCAUGACAGUGAUGGUUCUUCGGUUGAGAUAAUAGAAAAUCUGUCUCCAUGA